AUGAAAACCCCACUUGCUAUUCUGCAACUUUACAGCAUCCAUACUUCAACCCAACGCUACCCACAUGGAAGCGACCCCAUCAACUAUUCAAAACUCUUGAGUUGUUAUUUGAAGUCUGGGGAUAUCAUAAAUGCAGGGAAGCUGUUUGAAGAAAUUCCUAAACGGGAUGUAGUUUCAUGGUCUAUAAUGAUCCAUGGUUAUAAUAGAAAUGGGUUUCGGAGAAAAUCCAUGGAACUGUUUUCCCAGAUGAGGAUUUCAAGUUUGGUUCCAACUUCUUUCACCAUGGUUGGUGUUCUUGUCAGCAUUGCAGGCUUAGGAGACCCUGUGCUUGGGCAAUGUGUUCACGGACUAAUUCUCAAAUAUGGGCUUGACUCUGAUUUUAGAGUGGUUACUGCUUUGUUGAAUGCAUAUGCAAAAUGCGGAAAUGUGGUUGAUUCUUAUAGAGUGUUUGAGCAACUAGAGAAUCCGGGUUUGGUCUCAUGCAGUGCAAUUGUUUCCGGGUUUGUCUACAAUGAGCUCUUUGAAGAGGCUGUUGUAUUGUUUAACCAGUUCCGGAAGCUUGGCAUGGUGCCUAAUGCUGCAACAGUAUUGACUCUCAUUCGAGCUUGUGUGGCUUUAGAGUCGCGGCGACUGUGUGAAUCCAUUCAUGGGAUGGUUGUAAAACUGAGUCUUGUUUUGGAUGUGGCUGUUAACAACUCGGUUCUUGAUAUGUAUUCAAGUAUGCUGGAUUUGGAUGCUGCAACAAGAGUUUUUGAAGGGAUGGAAUGUAGAGAUGUAAUAAGCUGGACUACAAUGAUUAAUUUACUGGUCUGUCUUGAAUAUGCUUCUGAUGCUCUCAUGCUUUUUCGCCAGAUGAGAAAUACCGGGAUCUGUAAUGAUGUGGUGGUUGUCAUGAAUCUGAUUUCAGCUUGUGCUAUUUUAGGAGAUUUGAAGAGAGGCAGAGAAAUCCAUACUCAAGCUAUUGUAUGUGGAUUUGGAUCAGAGCUCCCGCUUACAAACUCGAUCAUUGCAAUGUAUUCAAAGUGUGGCGACCUAGAUUCUUCAAGAACUGUGUUUGAUCAAACUACUGGGAAGAGUCUUGUUUCCUGGACAGCGAUGAUUUUAGGAUGUGUGCAGAAUGGAUACCCAAGAGAAGCACUGAAGCUCUUGAUUAAAAUGAGAGGAGAAGAGAGUUUUUACCUUGAUUCAAUAAUGCUGAUAGGGGUUCUAUCAGCUUCUGGUGAACUUGCUCUUUUGGAGCUCUGCCAGCAGCUCCAUUGCUAUGCUUUUGAAUCUGGUUUCCCCCGAUAUAGAUUGGUUCAGAAUAGUCUGAUAUCAGCAUACUCAAAGUGUGGAGAUGUGGAACCUGCUUACAAUGUGUUUGGGCAGAUGGGUUAUAUCCGAGAUAUAGUAUCUUGGAAUGCAAUUCUAAACGGGUAUGGGAUCAAUGGCCAUGGAGAAAUUGCUGUCGCCCUCUACCAUGAAAUGAGGAAGGGCCGGGAAAAUCCUGAUGCUGCGACGUACCUUUGUGUUUUGAGUGCUUGUAGUCACUCAGGGUUGGUGGAUGAUGGUCUGGUUAUUUUCAAUCAGAUGGUGGAAGAGCGUACAAUCAGGCCUAGCCAAGACCACUGCGGGUGCAUCGUUGACUUGCUUGCAAGAGCAGGCUGCUUCUCAGAUGCAAGAGAGUUUGUAAGCCGAUAUAUGGAGAAGAUGGGUCCAAAUGCUUGGAGGGCUUUGCUCAGUGGAUGUCAGCUUCAUGGUAAUGUAGGGCUUGCAGAACUUGCAGCUAGAAGGGUGUGUGAACUGGAUCCAGAAGAGCCCGGUCAAGUCGUUCUACUUUCAAAUGUUUAUGCAUCAGUUGGGAGGUUCCAGGAUGCUGAAGCUUUGAGAGCAAGUAUGAAGAAGAAGGAAUUGAUCAAGAAUCCGGGGAUAAGCUUGCUUAAUAGAAUCCCAUAUGAUGUUGGUUGA